UUCUUUCAUUUUUUCAUUGUUAAAUUCUGCUAUUACUGACGUCAUAUACUAUGCCGACGUACAGAUGCUCAACUUGUAGUUGGAAGCAGAAGUCACAUGCGCGGUUUAAAUAUCCACCCAGCUGUGCUUGAAAGGCUUUACGGUGCCUGUACCCAUUACAUUAGGAAAACGAGGCCUGAUCACACAGCUAAAGAUGGCGGACGGGGAAAAUAAAUUGGUUGGAGCAAAAGCCGGUUUUGAUGAAACGGAGGAGCCGGUUCUUAAGAAACCACGGAUUAGUAUUCUUAAAACCUGUACUUCGGAUAUUAUUCAAGAUGAGCAAAGACCGGGUGGAGCGGAGUCGGGUGAGAGUUGGGCGGCCGCAGCUUUAACACAGCCCGCGGAUGAAGAGCCGGAGGUGGCGGUGGGUGAGGCCACGGUGUUGGAGCCAGGAGAAAACAACAAUGGGCCGCAGAUCUCCGAGUCCAGUAAACAUGCUUCUAAUACAGAGCAGACUCCCGUGUCUGCACUUGAAACUGAGUUCUCAGGGGAAAUGAUCGAUGGUGUUCACCCAAAUGGGUUUUAUUCACCCAGUUUCAACGAAGACGACGACUGCUCCUCUAAUGCCAGUUCCAGUGACUGGACUCCUCAGCCUCAGAUUGGUUCUUACCGUUUCAUUCGGCAACACAUAAUGAGAGGGACGGACCCAAGGACUAUUUUAAAAGACCUACUUCCAGAAACUGUCCUUCCACCUGAUCUUGAUGACAUGACACUAUGGCAGAUUAUUAUCAAUAUUUCGGAGCCUCCGAAGAGAAAGAAACGCAAGGAUAUUAACACCUUGGAGGAUGUCGUGAGACUACUUAAUGAUGGCAAAAAGAUACUUGUCUUAACUGGUGCUGGGGUGUCUGUUUCUUGUGGAAUACCUGACUUCAGAUCCAGAGACGGGAUUUAUGCUCGACUUGCUAUAGAUUUUCCAGACCUUCCAGAUCCUCAAGCAAUGUUUGACAUUGAGUACUUCAGAAGGGAUCCAAGGCCAUUUUUUAAAUUUGCGAAGGAAAUCUACCCAGGACAGUUUCAACCAUCGCUUUGCCACAGAUUCAUUGCACUGCUGGAUAAGAAGGAGAAACUUCUGAGGAACUACACUCAGAACAUUGAUACUCUGGAGCAGGUUGCAGGGGUCCAGAAUGUCAUUCAGUGUCAUGGUUCCUUUGCAACAGCAUCCUGCCUUGUCUGUAAGCACAAAGUUGACUGUGAGGCCAUAAGGGAAGAUAUAUUCAAACAGGUUGUUCCCCAUUGCCCAAAGUGUCCUGACAUCCCUUUUGCUAUUAUGAAACCAGACAUUGUCUUCUUUGGAGAAAAUCUUCCAGAAUUGUUUCACAGAGCAAUGAAACAAGACAAGGAUGAAGUAGAUCUCCUUAUUGUCAUCGGAUCCUCUCUGAAAGUGCGACCGGUUGCUCUCAUCCCAAGUUCUCUUCCCCAUGAAGUGCCUCAAGUUUUAAUCAACCGUGAGCCACUGCCCCACUUGAACUUUGAUGUUGAGUUGCUGGGAGACUGUGACGUUAUUGUCAAUGAACUAUGCCAUAGACUGGGUGGGGACUUCAAACAGCUUUGCUACAACUCCUCACCACUUAAUGAGAUCACAGAGAAACCUCCUCCUUUGACAUCUUCUCUGCUCGAACAGUCACAGACUGAAAUCCAGUCAUUUGAGGUUGAACACACAGAAAAACAUGAGAUGGUCACAGAGACACCAGAGAAGGUCACAGUUGUAGACUCUUGUUCAAAAACACAGUUGAUGAAGGAAUGCAAAGAUGGGGGAAUUAAUGCAUCACCUUCUCCAGCCAAGGAAGCAACACCCUACUCAGAGCACGAAAACAAGAAAAUUAGUUUCAAAGGAACAAGCCCUUGUCCAGAGAGCUCAGAUGCCUACCAGAAUUCACCAACAGAAACAAAUGAUGCUACUCUAAAUGCACACUACCAAAAGGAGGAGAUAACAGAGAGAUUGGAGACACAAACUGAAGAGGAUGCAAAGCACAGAAGUCAUAAUGUUAAAGUCCGUAAACAAUGCAGGUUGAGCCAAAUUCUCAGAAGUCCAAUCAGUAAACGUCUUGAAGCUUGCCAGUACUUAUUUCAAACACCAAAUCGCUACAUCUUCCAUGGGGCUGAGGUGUAUUCCUGCUCAGAAGAUGAGACUUCCAGCUCUUGUGACAGUGAGGGUUCCUGCUGUAGUGGGGAUGUUUUGGAGGAAGAGGAGAGUGAUGCUGAGGAGGAAUGUGCACCAGCACAGGAUCCAAGAGAUGGAGAGGAUAUUGUUAGAGAGACAGUAUGUGAAAAUAAAUGCACAUCCAGCCUUCACACAGACAGUAUGACACUGAAUCUACACACAACUACAGACUCUUAAGAUACAGUUGUCUUCUAAACUUGUAUUUCUCUAUAAGCACUGUGUAUAUUUAAUGUGCUCAUUUCUGUCUUAGACUGUAUAUUUUUGUACUCCCAUCCCUCCCUUGUACUUUUACAGUGUUCUCCAAAAUGUUUGGGACAGCAAAGUUUAAAAAUGGCUAUUUUUACUGUAUAUUCAAGCAGUUUCAAUUAAAGACUUAAAGACAAAUUUGAGAGAUAGUAAGGAAUGUUACCUGUUAUUUCUGGCCAUAUGUGCUUUAUUGUUUAGUUGCAGUGUUUGUGUUUAUUUACACCUUUUGAUGAGCAUAUUUCUGGUUGCAAAUCCCCUGAAAAGAACCAAAUUAGGUCUGCAGCUCAGACAUCAGCAUGCUUCUGCUUUUGAUGUCUGUCUAGAAAGUUUACAUAAACUGAAGUAAAAAAACUACCAGAACUUGAUAUCUAAUUUGGACAAAGCAAUAUCAGCUAUUUGGAAUUAACAAAAAGUGCUGAUUUGCAUAACAGUUAGCAACAACCAGGCCAGCUGAGGUGAGAACAGAACAUAGAACAUUACCAGAGCUGUAAAGAAAACCUUGAACAAGCCUUUUGAGAAUGUUUUAUAGAUAUAAUGGAUAAGUCUAUAAAUACAAGAAGGUUCAAAUAUGGAGAAAGGAAAAAUAGACAGUGCAAACAAACUACCUCAUUUGUGAAAUGCUAGAACUGAUCUUAAAUCUAUUGGAGGGCACUGUAUGUCAGUCUUCUGUUGCUUUUGUUGGCUCUUUAAAAUCAGUUCAUUUGUUGUCAUCUCUAUGUUCUGUGUAUUUCUGUUCUUAAAUGUUCAUUAGAAGUUUAAUUCCAAUGAAUGUUUCAACCUGACGAGACGACUAACUGAGAUCGGCCUUUAACGAUAUUGUUCAAAAAGGGGGUUUUGUUUUUGUUUUCUAGACCAAAGAGCAUUUUCCACAUUUAUAAAGUAUUUUGAGUCAAUUUUUUUAUAAACGUUUGUUGUUGGAAUGGUAGACCAAGUUCCCAACCUGAGCAUCAAAUUGUGGCAUGUUUUGGUAAUGUGGCAGCUAAGUGUUUUGUAAGAAGUAAAUUUGAUAUGGUGGA